CACUAUAUUUAGUUUUGGGAUCCGUUGGUAAGAGGCCAAGAUUGAUGCCUAUAUAAGUUGCCAUUUUUCCUCCACCACUUUGACUCCAAAAAUUUCACAAAAUAAUCCAAGGAGCACAGCAAGGAGUGGAGGAGAAGCAAGGAAGAGUUGAGGCAGAACACCCCAUCCGAGAGGAUUCAUCAAACAUAGAAUAAAUUGCUCAAGGGCAAGUGAGGUCAAAGCGAGUAAUUGAAUUGAAGAAUAAGCAUAUCAGAUAGAAAACCAAUAAUCCAAGUAUUAUAUUCGGAGAGGAGAGGAUUCUCUCUACUUGUUGAGAGCUUUAUCUGAUGGAUCAGCGCAGCCAAUCCACCACCACUAACUCCGCGGCGGAUGCUAGAUCACUUCACUGCAUAGUCAAGCUCGGAGGUUCUGCAAUUACCUGUAAAAAUGAGUUGGAGACAAUCAAUGAGGACAAUCUUAGCAUUGUUUCAUCACAACUGAGGCAAGGAAUGAUUUCAGAGCCAUGUCAUGGUAUGGAUUGGAGCAGGAGGCCUGGAUCCACGAAUAUCCAAACUGUAGUUGAUAAAUUUGAUGAUGAACUAGAAUCAUCACAAUGCAAACGACUUAUAGUUGUCCAUGGCGCAGGUUCUUUUGGCCACUUUCAAGCAAGCAGAUCGGGAGUUCAUAAGGGAGGACUAAACAAACCUCUUGUCAAGGCUGGUUUUGUUGCAACAAGGAUAUCAGUCAAUACCCUUAAUCUUGAAAUUGUCAGAGCACUAGCAAAAGAAGGUAUUCCUUCUAUAGGAAUGUCUCCAUUUUCAUGUGGCUGGUCAACUUGCGAAAGAAAUAUUGCUAUGGCAGAUACAUCAACAGUGGUUAAAGCGUUAGACGCUGGAUUUGUACCUGUUUUGCAUGGUGAUGCUGUUCUGGAUACUUCAUUGGGUUGCACUAUAUUAAGCGGAGACGUAAUUAUAAGUCAUCUGGCAGAACACUUGAGACCUGACUACGUUGUGUUUCUUACAGAUGUUUCUGGGGUGUAUGACCGUCCACCUACAGAACCGGGGGCAGUGCUUCUCAGGGAAAUUGUUGUGCACGAAGAUGGGAGUUGGUCGGUGCUGCAACCUAAACUGCAAGACGAAGUUGAAAUAACAGUUGCAGCACAUGAUACAACUGGAGGCAUGGUCACCAAAAUAACAGAAGCUGCUAUGAUUGCCAAAUUGGGAAUCGAUGUCUACAUAGUGAAGGCAGCAACGGAGCACUCAGCAAGGGCUCUAAAAGGACCACUCCCACAUAAUAUACCCGAUGACUGGCUGGGGACAGUCAUCCGCCUCGCCCACUAGAUUAGAAACAAAAAAUGGCCCUCGAAUCAUCAAGGCGUGUCACUUGAAUCUUUGCUUGUUAAAACCAUUUUAUAUUCAUGAGAAUCUUCAAUCUUUGCAUUC